AUGCCGCUUCAGUGGCUCCGCGGCCGCUUUGCCUACACGCCGCUCCAAACCGAUGAUGCAGCCUCCUCGGGCGCUUCGUCAUGGAAGGGCAGGCCUUUUCUUACAAUCUUCACUUUGAAGCAGCUCAAGCUGGCCGCACUUAUCGUUCUUGGGCUAGUAGUAUCGUUGGGUGUGGGGGUUUACAACCGUGAUCAGAUUGAAGCCAUUCGGGCAGCUUACUCAACUUCCCAACACGACAAGUCGCCUGAUGUCAAGUCUAUAGACUGCUCUCGGUUUGCAUACGUCCAGUAUGUCACUAAUAAGGAAUAUCUUUGUAACUCGGUCAUGUUCUUUGAGAGACUUCAACAAUUUGAGAGCAAAGCGGAUCGCGUCUUGAUGUAUCCCUCCGUCAUGCUGGCUGAUCCUCAUGAGAAAGAGCAUGAGGGGACAUCAGAUGACGCCAAACUCCUCAUCCUUGCUCGGGAGAAAUACAACGUUAAGUUGGAUCCGAUAUCUGUUCAACAUCGAACUGGCUCAGAUCCGACAUGGGCGGACUCCUUCACAAAACUCCUUGCGUUCAACCAAACAAAAUACGACCGCGUCCUUUCCAUCGAUUCCGACUCAACUCUCCUACAACACAUGGACGAGCUCUUCUCUCUACCCCCAACCCCAGUCGCCAUGCCACGCGCAUAUUGGCUUCACCCAGACGAACACGUUUUAUCCUCCCAAGUCAUCCUCAUACAACCAAGCCAAGUGGAAUUCACCCGAGUCACAUCCAAGAUCAACAACGCCGGAAGAAAUGACUACGACAUGGAGCUCGUCAACGAGCUGUACCAGGAUAGCGCCAUGAUCUUACCGCACCGGCCUUACGAUCUGUUGACGGGGGAAUUCAGCAAAGACAGCCAUCAGUGGUACCUCGGCAGUGAUCAAGAAGCUUGGGAUCCAGUCGCUGUGUAUAAUGAGGCCAAGUUGCUGCAUUUCUCGGACUGGCCUUUGCCGAAGCCCUGGUUGGAUGCUCCCGAGAACUUGGUCCGAGAGAGAGAGCCUAAAUGUGUGGCAUUGAUAGAUGGGCUUGAAAGUUGCGCUGCGAGAGAUAUUUGGCGUGGGGUUUACGAGGAGUUCAGGGAACGUCGGAAGCGAGUCUGUGGCACGAGUCCCCUGGAGGCGGCAGAGAAUGGUCGCAGAAGCCGCCGGUCAUGGAGGAGAUGA